GAGUGGUAUAUGGAAAAGAGUCUCUUCUACUUUAAGACCUGCAAGCAGUAGGCUGAUUGGACCCAAUGAACUUCAUAAGAACCACCUGUGUGGCAGCUCUGUCUCAGGAUAAAGGGGGAAGGAAGUAGAGGUGUCCUUAACACUCCCUCCCCAAGCAUCAUGCCUCUAACCAGUGUAAGCAGCAAGGCUGAAAAGUCCUCGGCCCUGUUCUGGGGCUGUGAGUUGAACUGGGAUAAUCGCUCAUACACCUUUGACCCCUUGGAAGAUGAGAAAUGUCGCCACAAGUUGGUGCUACAUUUGAUGUGCCUAGGAGAGAAGAUCAAUGAUGAUGUGAACAUAGUAGAGGUCGUUCCACCCCCUAAUGAGCAUGGCGAAGAGAAAUCAGGAUUUCCCAUUGCCACAUUGAAGCCCUCUGUCCUGCCCAUGGCCAAUAUUUCAGGAAUGGAGCUCAGUCCCCCCAUCACUUUCCACCUUCGUUGUGGCACUGGGCCAGUCUACAUCAGUGGCAGUGAUCUUACUGUGACUUUAGAGCCAUCCAGUAAGGAAGUAGAGGGGAAGGAGGAGGGCACAGAAGAGGAGGAGGAGGAAGAAGAAGAUGAUGAUGAUGAUGAUGAUGACAAUGACAGUGAUGAUGACGAGGACGAUGAUGAAGACGAUUCUCAUGACACAUCAACUGAGAUUUCUCCACCUAAGCCAGCCAAGCGAUUGGCCUCCUGCAGUCAGGCUGGUGUUGCAAAGAAAAAGAAGCUGGAGGAAGAGCAGAGAGUCCCAUCCCCGAGAAGCCCUGAAAUGAAGCAGGCAAAAAGCAAGAUGGCAAGGAUGGCAUUCGGAAAAUCAAGAUGAUCUAGAACAGAGGGACUCGAGGAUGAAGGAGAACGGGAACCGGGAACAUAACACGAAGAAAAGUUUGGUUUUUUUUCUCCUCCGGAACUCUGGCUUCUUGGGCUACAUCCCCUCAACCUGGCUAGUCACACCCCUUCCCCAGUCCUGCCUACAACUGCAUGCAGUUGACAUGUACGUCCAGUAGAGGGCGGGUCUGUGCUGCCGAAAUGACUCUCACUGGCCCAGCUCUGCUCC